AUGCUCACAUCUGGUCAUCUCGCACGUUGGUUGUUACAGCUAUCCGAAUUCGAUAUCACAUGUGUAACUCCUAAGGCCAUCAAGGAACAAGCCGUGAUUAAUAUGCUAGCUUUAUUUCCCGAAGUAGAGGAAUCAACUCUUUCCGAGGAAGUCCUGGGAGAGCUGCUGGAAAUGGUUGCUACUGUUACAGAAGAGGAGCCAUGGACCCUCUACUUUGAUGGGUCUUCCACAUCAAAAGGUGGAGGGGCAGGUGUGGUGCUCAUUAAUCCCGAUGGGCAAGCUACGGCUCUCUCAUUCAAGCUAGACUUUCCAUGCACGAAAAAUGUGGCAGAGUACGAAGCUUUUAUUAUGGGAUUGUCCACAGCAAGAGAAAUGGGUGCAGAAAGGGUGAAGAUCAUCGGUGAUUCGAACCUAGUACUAAGCCAAUUGCAAGGAAGCUUUGCUGUAAAGGAAGCGACCUUGGCACCAUAUCGGACGGCUGCUGAAAGGCUCAUUAAUUCUUUCAAGCAAAUUGUGAUGGAGCACAUUCCAUGCGUCACCAAUAGGUACGCUGAUGCUUUGGUGAAAUUGGGAUCAAAGCUCUCAUUUGUACAAGAGCAGCCCAACAUCACCGUAAUAAGGAGAAGCACACCAGUGAUCGAAGCAAUGGCCCAGGAAGACCUGCUGGAAGAGGAUGAUUGGAGAAAGCCACUGAAGAAAAAAUUAGGUAAAGAGAGCAGCAUUAAAGACUUGAAAGAUUAUGUGAUUAUCUUUGGGGAACUCUACAGACGUCUUCCGGGAGGUGUUCUGACCCGGUGCGUUGAGGUGGCGGAAGCAGGAAGGAGGUUGCAAGAGGUACACGAUGACACUUGCAGCUUGAAACCAGUAAUCAGCCUGUACCGGCGCUUGCAACGCAAAGAGGAGUCAUUCACUGUUUCAUUUGUAGAAGAUUGGAGAACCCCAUACUUGGCAUUCUUUGUUGGAAGAACUCUGCCGACCAACCCCAGGCUUGCCUACAAGCUCAAAAAGACCGUAAAGAGGUAUUUCGUUGAUGGGUCAACUCUCUACCGGAAAUGGUUUAAUGGUGAGCCGCUAAAAUGCUUGGGAGAAUCGGAGGCACAUCAAGCCAUGCAAGAAAUACAUGCUGGAGAGUGCGGAGAGCACCAAGGAAUGAAGAAACUUCACCGGCAGCUACUAACUGUUGGAUAUUACUGGCCUACCAUGAAGAAGGAUGCACAUGACUUUAUUAAGAGAUACCACACAUGCCAAAUCCAUGCUAAUUUAAGUCACAAACCUCCUACAUUGCUACAAGACAUGCGCACUCCCUGA